AUGGCGCCGGUCAACCGCUCAGGACUCUUACCGGUACCCACAGUCUGUCCAAUGUUGCAUAUCCACGAAACCUUGAAGGGCUUCCCGAGGCAAGCUGUGAACAAGAUCCUGGGGUUGCAAGUGUCUACUCUCGAGCAGUGCUCGGAAGAAACGUCACGCCUGUGGACCCAGAGCACUACAAUGGUGCCGAGGGUGUUCUUUGCUACCGAGUGCUGGGACGAAGAGUCUCUACCUUCAACUACCACGCUGAUAAUUUCCUCGCUCAAUCUAUUUGAAACAACUAAGAACGACAAAUGCCGUCCUUACGAGGUUUACCGAAGAUCCGAGCAGUCCCCCAACGUCGAUCCAAGACUAGCCAUUGCUCAGCUCAUCGAACCCAGUGAAGCGAGUCCAGUCACUGUGAUUGGUCUAGACUUUCUCCCACAAGGAAGCUUCCACGUUCCAAUCUCUUUGUCGGAAUUUGUGGAGGGCUUUGACGAGGCCAACCAGCAGCUGAUACUUACACCAAAAUUUGCUAUCACGGACUUACACCUUGAUACUUCCGAUGGAAUUUCAGCUUCUUUAGGCAACUGUCGCAAGCUCUGGCUAGUCUUCCCACCUACAGCAAGAAAUCUCGGGCUCAUGAAACAGGCCGAUGGACAGAGAGCAAAACUGGACAGAAUUGGGAAAGAAUUGGAAGGAGGACUUGUCAUCACCACAGAUUCAGACGAAGCGAUCUACCUCCCAGCCGGUUGCAUUCACGCCGUCAUUACUCUCCAAGGCGGCUUCUUGAUUGCCAUUGACUUUACAACACCUCUCUCCUCAAAAGCAUAUGGAGGAAUGAUCAAUGCCGGACUCGACGACAGUGGAGCAGCUUCAAAGUUCCAGGAAGAAGUUUUUCGAAGACUUCUCUCCUCUGUUGAUUAUGGAAUGACUCUCAGGCAGGAAUCUUUGGCACUUGAUAGCUGGAUCAGAGCAUUAGAAAAGAUUCGAGGUUACGCGAAUGAUUGUCAAAAAUGGAAAAAGAGCGCAGACAGGUUUUGGGAAGAUUUUUUGAAGAAAAACGAUGCGAAGGGGAUAGUGUGCGUGUGUGGAAAGCAGGGGAAGGCGAAGUUUGGAGACCACUUCAAGAGGAUACAUAUGUGGCAGACUGGAAAGGUCCAGAAGAGAAAGUUGGAGGUGUUGGAGGAAACUGUCAAAGUUGAUCAGAAGAAGCGCCCUGUAAGAGCAUCGAAGCGACUGAAGAGAAAGCAGAUGAGAGAAUCCAAGUCUUAA